AUGCAAAAAUUGCAUGGACUAGACAUUGGUUAUCACAAGGCGUGGCGUGCUAUUCAACGUGCUUCAACUUUAAUAAGAGGAACUCCUGAAGAGAAUUAUGAAUUGUUGUCUUCAUACUUGUAUAUGAUGAAAAGUAAAAACCCGGGAAGAUACACUAACAUAAAGAUAAACGACAACAACAGGUUUCUUUAUAUGUUUUAUGCAUAUGGAUCAUCAAUAACUGGUUGGAAUCAUUGUAGACCAGUGAUUACUGUUGAUGCAACUUUUUUGAAGUCAAAAUAUCGUGGUAUUUUAAUGAUUUCAAUUUCAAAUGAUGCAAAUAACCAAAUAUUCACACUAGCCUUUGGAAUUACAGAAUCUGAAAAUAACAAUUCCUAUGAGUGGUACUUUAGUGAGCUUCGCAAUGCAAUUGGGAGCCGUGACAAUUUAACUUUUUUAUCAGACAUGCAUCAAUUUAUUGCACAUGGCAUCGCAAAGGUAUAUCCUGAAAGCCAUCAUGAGGUUUGUAUCUAUCAUUUGGAGCAGAACCUAAAGCGAAGGAAAGUGAAAAGUGAGGUCAUAAAACUUUUCCAAAGUGCUGCAAGAGUAUACAGGCGCAAAGAAUUUGAUCUAUACAUGUCAGAUAUAGAAAAAGUUGAUAAGAAGACUUUUGACUACUUGAUGGAAGAACCACCAGAAAAGUGGGCACGUUCUUGUAGUCCAUGA